AUGGUGAUAGCACAUAUGAUACUCCAGAAGACUGAAUGUGUUGCAGACCCGAUAGAUGGGACAAAUGUUGACGACUAUAACCCAGAGAUUAUACCCAUAGCCGACGAUGUUGACAAGAUUUACCCAAGAGUCCAUAUUACUCCCUCGGAGCGGAUCAUACUUGAAAAGACCGAUGGUGAUAGCACAUAUGUUCAUCAACCUUCCCAUCUGGUUUCGGACAACCCUCCGAUCUCAUACCUAUAUAAUGGAGAUUCCUUGCCGGCUCCCAGUAAUCUGACACGAAAUUUUGCAACAGAUGUACAACAAAGUUCUAAUGUAGCUUUGAAUGUCGCCAAGCAAACUUUAAAAAAUGGGAUGUCAGACCAAAAAAGGGAGCAGUACAACGCCAGGAGGCAAGCUGCUUAUCGGAAGAAAAAAGAGGAUGGUACGGUCAAGCGCCAAGAUGAAAAUCAACCUUCCUUUCCAAUGUCUGGUAUGAUUCAUUGAUGUUUCAGCAAUACAAUGAACAAUGAAUAUAUA